UUUUUUAGAUUAAUAAAAUUGAUUUAUAUGUUUGCACCAAUUUAAUUAUAUAUUUAAUAGUUACUGACUUUUAAUUAUUUAAUAUAUAUUUAUUAUUUCAUAAUAUGUAAAAAUACUUAAUACAUAAAAUAAUUUAUAUAUAUAAUGUUGAUCUUGCGCGGGUCUUAACCUAGUACAGAUUAUAAGGCUAAACUACUAAACACAAUCGCUAACGUAUAGGAUUAGGAACGUAUUUAUCUUAAGUAACAAUCCACAAUUGUUAACUAAUUAGUGUGACACUGUUUUUGUAGGAACGUAAGUUUCUUCUGUAUCCCAUGUCUGGAUUCUUAUUACUAAUUAGACACUUUUCAAUAGUUUAAAAUGUCAUUUAUCUAGGAUCACAAUUUAAACAUAACAUUUAAUCAUGUGUUAUAUUAUUACCUCUGUUUUCCUCACAGCUCAAAUUUAAAAACUCACACCUUACUAGUAAAUGUUGAAGUACACCAUUCAAUUUUAAUUGUUUUAACAUUUACUAAAAAUAUUGAAGUACACAAUUAAAAUUAGAUGGUGUACUUCAACAUUCCUAGUAAGUAAAUGAAAAAAUUAAAAAAUCUCAUUAAGGUAAUUAUGAAAACAAAAUUAUACUAUAUAUUAUCUAUGUUCACAGACAACAUAAUAAUUAGUCGUGUGUCCAAACAAUAUUUAAAAUAUUUAAAAUGUGGUUUAUUUUUCUAAACCAACCUAUAAUUGAUAAAUAAUUUUUUUAACGAUUUUGUUAAAAAAACAUUUUUACUUAAGGUUUUAUUCCCAUGAAUAUUUAUCAAACACAAAACAAAGUUGAACAAAUAAAAUUAUCAUUUCGAUUAUAAACUAGCAAACGAUUAAUAAUUUUGUCAACUAAAAUAAUUUUGUCAACUAAAAUAAUUUUGUGUUUUGAAAACGAAGAUCUAGUAUUGAUUAUAACAAAUAUUGUACAUGUUCAUGGACUAACUACUGAACAUUAGUCUCAUCUCAUGUUACGUUUCCACUAAAAACUCGAGUAUGUACAAUAGGUUUCCAGUUUAUCAUAAUUGGAUGUAAUAUUUGUUAUUGACCAGACCCUAAAGAAGUAUCGUAAUAAAUAUGUGGAAGUAGAAUAGAAAAGUGCAAAUAAAUGUAAUUCAAGCGGUUUUCUUGACCACGAGAGUCCUCCAAUAACUUGAUUACCAUGUUUUAUGUUAUUUGUGUUGAAGAAAAAAAAUAUCUUAAGUUAUUCAAUACAAAACCUUCCUUUUUGAGAAAGAAUUCAAAGUAACCUUAAUGACAGAAAGUGAAUUUUAAAUGAAAUGUAUGAACAGUUUUCUUUUUGUAAACGUGUUCUCUAAAGAAAAAAAUCUAUAAAUUAAGAUCCAGCCGUAAGAAAGUUUCAUAAAGCACAAAACCAAAACAAACAAAGGAUCCAAAUGAAAGAAGCACUUUCUGUUUUGUGUCUCGCUCUUCUUGUUUCGGUUUCCGAAGCAGCAGUCACGAAACCAGGUAUUGGAGAAUUCCUCGGAUGUCUUCGUUCAUGGCCUAGUCCCGAAUCUCCAAUCACCGAUGAUAUCUUCACUGCCGAUAACACCACCACCUUCUUGUCUUCUUACUUGUCCUACACGAAAAACACGAGGUUCGCGAGCCCUAACUACCAAACACUGAUGGCCAUCGUCACGGCAAAACACGUAUCCCACAUCCAGGCCACGGUGGUAUGCGCAAAGUCCAACGGUGUCCAGAUACGUAUCCGAAGCGGAGGCCAUGACUACGAGGGGCUAUCAUACAUCUCCUCAGUCCCAUUCGUCAUUCUCGAUAUGUUCAAUCUCAGGUCUAUAACCGUUGACGUGCCAAGCAAGCAAGCUUGGGUUCAAGCUGGUGCCACAUUGGGAGAGCUCUACACAAAGAUCAGCGACGCAAGCGAAACGUUAGCGUUUCCUGCUGGCGUUUGCUCUACCGUAGGAGCUGGAGGACACAUAAGCGGUGGAGGAUACGGGAACCUCAUGAGAAAAUACGGACUCACGGUGGACCAUGUCGUUGAUGCACUUAUAGUUGAUGUUAAUGGCAAGCUCUUGAAUAGAUCUACCAUGGGAGAAGAUCUCUUCUGGGCGAUUCGAGGUGGUGGUGGUGGGAGUUUCGGAGUCAUCCUCUCUUGGAAAAUAAACCUAGUCGAUGUUCCAGAGAUCUUGACGGUGUUUAGGGUUAACAAAACAUUGGAACAAGGUGGAAUCGAUGUUCUCUACAAGUGGCAGCUUGUCUCAUCCAAACUCCUUGAUGGACUUUUCCUCAGAGCAGUGUCUCAGGUCGUAAACAGAACCAUCGCGGUUGUGUUCUAUGCGCAGUUCUUGGGUCGAGCCAAUGAGCUUGUGGCGAUAAUGAACCAAAGCUUACCUGAACUAGGGCUAAAACGCCAAGAUUGUUUAGAGAUGAGUUGGCUUAACACAACGUUGUUUUGGGAAGACUUACCUGUCGGUACACCGACAAGCGUUCUUUUAGAUAGACCGUCUAAACCGGAAAAGUUCUUCAAGAGCAAAUCGGAUUAUGUCAAGAAACCAAUCCCUAAAGAAGGAAUCAAGAAGCUUUGGGAAGCAUUGUUGGAGUUCAACAAUAAUAAUAUUGUGUAUAUGCAAUGGAACCCUUACGGUGGCGUGAUGGACAAGGUUCCGGCGGCCGCCACCCCGUUUCCUCAUCGGAAAGGAAACUUGUUCGAGGUUCAGUAUUAUACGUCGUGGUUGGACGCAAACGCCACAAGGGGUAGCUUGGAUAUGAUGAAGAAGUUGUACGAGGUUGCGGAACCGUGUGUAUCAAGUAACCCGAGAGAGGCGUUUUUGAAUUACAGAGACAUUGAUAUUGGAAGCAAUCCGAGUAAUGAAACAAACGUUGAUGAAGCUGAGAUCUAUGGUUCGAAGUAUUUCGUGGGGAAUUUAAAGAGGUUGAUGGAAGUUAAAGCCAAGUAUGAUCCUGAGAACUUUUUCAAGAACGAGCAGAGUAUUCCUCCUGCUCGUGUGAAGCAGUAGUGUUGCUAUUUUUUUGUAAUAAGUUAUGUGGACAUGUGUUAUAGACUUUAUAUUAGCUGUAUUGUUUUCGUUGCUGUCCCAUAAUUUGCAUUAUGAUCAUUUUGUUAUAUUUAGUCAUUACUAAAUAAAGACUUUCAUCGAA